AUAUACUACAUUCUAAAUAUAAAGAACGCAAAUUUUUUGUCAUUUUGGAAUAAAAUUUAAUAUUUUUUUAUAUCGAUGGAGAUAAUUAAAAAAGAGGCCUAUAAUUUAGCAAAUAAAGGUUCAAGGACAUUCGGAAAACAAAUUAAAGCUAUAUUUUUCGAUUUGGAUAAUACUUUGAUUCCUACUCGCAGAGGUGAUGAAAAAGCUUGUCAAAAAUUAUCCGAUAUAUUACAAACAAAAUAUGGUUUAACAAGCGAAAUUGCAGAUGAAACAACAACAAAUUUUUUACAAGCAUUUCGUAGUUGUCCAGAUAAUACACAAACAACAUUAGAUUCAUGGCGUUCAUAUUUAUGGACACAAUCUUUACCACAAAAUUUAAAAUAUUUAAAUGAAACAAUAUAUAAACAAUGGUUACAAUUACGUUAUAAAUAUGUAACAAUACCAACAGAAUAUGAGGUAUUAUUAAGAAAUUUACGUAAACAAUAUCGUAUAGGUUUAAUAACAAAUGGUCCAUCAAAUGCUCAAUGGGAAAAAGUAAAUAAAUUAAAUAUAAGAUCAUUAUUUGAUUGUAUAUUAGUUAGCGGUGAUUUACCAUGGGAGAAACCAAAUCCAAAUAUAUUUUAUAUGGCAUGUAAUUUAUUGAAUGUCCAUCCAAAUGAAUCAAUAAUGAUUGGUGAUAAAAUGGAAACUGAUAUUCAGGGAGGAAAAGCAGCUAACUUUGCAGCUACAAUUCACAUAUCUCAUAUGAGUUCAAAGCCAGAUUAUUUAAUUGAGAAACUUGGACAACUUUUAUAUGUACCAAAACCAUCCUCAAUUGAAGAAAUAUCAAGUAACGAUAAACGAAGGCAUUCUUUGAGUUCUGGAAUGAGCGGAAAUGGUAAUAGCUGUCUUUCAGGUUACAAUAAUAGUCAAAAUAAUGGUGGUCAACAGCAUGCACAAAGACGAAAUUUAUAUCAUUCAAAAUCACUUACAUUUGACCAAAGGUUCAAUAAAGCUAGGAAAGUGGGCGACAUUAAAAGAGUGUCAUCAUUUCAAGACAGCGAUUCAAAUAGUGAGAAUAGUUCUGAUAGUAUUUAUAGCUGAAUUUUUAUUAAAUUUACAAAUUUCUCCAAUAAAAUUUAAUUUUAAUCUCGUUUUAUUAUAGUUUAUCAAAGUUUUAAUUAUAAUUUUUAAUUUAAAAUUUGAAUCUGGAUUCAAAUAUUAAGUAGAAAAUGCUCAUUGUAUACAAAUUUGUGUUUUAUCUUUUUUUUUAUGUAUGUAUGUUCUGUGUAGGGGUUUUUAGAAAAUAUUAUUUUUUAGUUUUUUAUUUUAGUUAUAUCUGAAUAUAAAAUAAGAUUUGGGUUUUCCUUUUACGUAUAUAUUUUGUUUUCUCUUUAUUAUUAUACAUACAUAUGUAAUAUAAAAUAUUUGCUAUGAAAUUAUUUACUAAUUUAUAAAUUUAAAAAAUUAUUUACCAUUGAAACCUAAAAUUUGAUUUUAUAAAAAUUAUAAAAGAAUUUCAUUAAAUUUAAAAAGCAAUCUAAAAUAUUUUUGAUUAAAAAAUCAAAUAGGUAUUCUAUUAUAUUUGUUUUACAUUCGCAUGUUUCAGUUAAAUUAAGAUUAACAAUGAGUUCAGAACUAAAAAAAAUCUAUUUUAAUGGAGAAAUUCAAACUACUUUUUGAUUUAAUGUAUAAUUUGUACGACAUGAUAUAAAUGAAAGAUUUUCACGUAUCAGCUAAUAAAAAAACAUAAAUUAACUUUUCUAAUAUAAUAAUGGCAAAUUAAAAAAUGAAUUUUUAGUCAGAGGCUUUAUGGACUACACCUAAUAAAAAAAAAAAAUUUUGUUUAAAAUAAAUUCAUAAUUGAUGUUAUUUUACCAUCUCAUAAUUUAUCUCUUAUAUUCAAUUUUUUUUUUAAUUUAUAAAAAUUGUAGUUUUAAGUUUUUGUUUAAAAUUGGAGAUUCAUGAAAUACAUAACCUUAUAGUAUUAUUAUUGCACCAAAAUUUAAAUGAUAUUAUUAGGAAAUUUUAGCAUAUUUAGUAAUAAUAGAUAGAGAUUUAGUUUAGUUUAGAGUGGGGAGGUGGCAACCCUAACGCUGGCACCCAGCACUCGGCCAGCAGAUGGCCCAUCGACGCCUUUCCACAGCACAUCCAUCGCUUUAAAUCCAUUUAAGUCUCUUAAAAAAGCCCAGCAGAUUACUAACAGACACCUCUGAGAGCUCCUUCGCAUAGCACAUGAUGCACAUCCUCCAUCACCCCAACGUCUUGGCAUCCCCGGGAAGUAUCCGCUAAGGAAAUGCCAACUUCGUUCUUGCACCUUCAAUUUCGGCGAUAGGGCCCUUAUCGUUGCACAAGUCCGCCUGCUACACCAAAGCAAGUUUCCCCUUCUUCUAGUUUUGUCAUCUUUAAUGUUUUUAAACUCCCUUAAGGACGGAAGCACCGACCAGUCCGUUGCCGCAGUGUCGGCUGCCGCCCCGAUCUGGCCAACUUGUUCUCUUCGACACCACCAUGUCCCCGAAACCAGCACGAGAUUACCCUACAUAGCCCGUAUGAGGCCCUCAAUACCGCCCUGCACCGUCGCACCAGUCUGGAUUUGAAGAUGCAGGAACCA